UCGAACCAAUUUGUUUUUGCAACGAACUGUUCGAAAGAACCGAUUCGGGUCGGACUCCACAUCACACUACACUGCAUCAUUACAUGUCUUUGCAUGGAGUAAACCGAGGAGCUUCACGAAGACUGUAGAGGGGGCGUAUGUUUAGGCUACGUCAGCGCUGCCAGCGUGGAGCGGCAUGACACCAGGAAGUAACACUAUUAAAUUGACUAUACAAAUAACGACGAGAAAGGGUACCUGAGGUGGAUUUUUGAGCUUUUUGGAUUUGCUUCCCUAAAAUUACACAACACACGCACGGGGGCACGGAGAGUCCCUGCGACUAGGUUUUCAACAUUGCAUGGAUAAGCCGCCCGUGAAGAUGAUGGACCCUACACUUGCUGAGAUGGGAAACCAUCUCUCUGAUGCCAUGAAGAUUUUGGAAAGUGGAAAAUUGGAAUCUGAACAAGGCAAAGAAAGAAGAAAGUUGAGUUGGAAAGACAUUCCAGGACCCUUGCAAGGAGAUGGACAGGAUGUUGUCAGCAUACUCCAGCUUGUCCAGAACCUGAUGCAUGGAGAUGAUGACAAGCAGGGUCAACGCAGGAUGCAGUACGUCGCAGAGCAGGGACACAUGGCUCUACUGGGACAUAGUCUGGCCGCAUAUAUUUCUGUCCUGGAACGGGAAAGAUUGAGAAAGCUGACCACCCGCAUCCUGUCGGAUACCACUCUCUGGCUCUGCAGGCUUUUCAGAUAUGAAAAUGGCUCCGCAUAUUAUCAUGAAGAUGACUGUGAGGGGCUGGUGAAGGUGUGUCGGCUAGUUAUUAAUACUCAUUAUGAGGACUAUGCUACAGAGGGCUUUACAAUGCUCAGCUCUAAACAUCCUGUGAUUUACCAAAGUGCUGCAUGCAGACCUGGCCUGGGACAACAUCUCUGCAGCCAGCUGGGACUGCCUCUGUCAUGUCUUUGUAUUGUGCCCUGUAACACCAUGUUUGGCUCCUUGCACCAAAUGGAUGUUGCAUUGCUUGACAAGCUCAUCAGAGAUGAUCGUGAAUCAGGGAAGGUUCCAUUGCUGUUGAUAGCAAAUGCUGGAACGCCAGGUGCAGGUCACACAGACAAACUCAGUCGUCUGAAAGAGCUCUGCGUUCAGUACAAUAUGUGGCUCCAUGUGGAGGGGGUGAAUUUGGCAACACUUGCUCUUGGUCAGGUCUCUUCUGCUGUCACGGCGGCCACCAAGUGUGAUAGUAUGACUUUAACUCCAGGCCCGUGGUUGGGCCUGCCAGCUGUGCCUGCUGUCACUCUUUACAGACAUGAGGAUCCGGCCCUGUCUCUUGCAGCAGGUCUGACCUCUAGCCAGCCAGUGGAGAAGCUUCGGGCUUUGCCUCUCUGGCUGUCCCUUCAGUACCUUGGGCAUGAUGGGAUUGUACAGAGGAUUAAGCAUGCCUCACAGCUAAGUCAACAGCUGUUGGGGCAUUUGAAGACACUGGCUCCAAUAAAAACCUCGGAUAUCCUUGACAGUGAGGUGUCUCUCAUCGAGGCUUUGUGCAUGGUGGAGGAUGAACUGAAUUCUCCUGUGGUGGUGUUCAGGUUUUCACAAGACAGCGCUCCCUCAAGUGGUGGCUCAGUAGAAGGCUAUCUUGAGGGGGAAAGAGAUAUCCUUGAUGCCCUUAACAGAUGGUUGGGUGAGCAGUUGGCGCAGCAGGUUCCCCUAAGUGGUGUGGAUGUGGUUGAGCUGGAAGAUGAGGGCACAUGUGUUCGUUUCAGCCCCCUCAUGACAGCUGCAGCUCUUGGCACUCAGGAGAAUGACGUGGCUGCACUUGUGGAGAAGCUGGGAGAGAUGAUUCCAGUGCUGAGCUGUACCCUACGCUUCAGACAGGACUUCAAAGAUGAGGUUCUACAACAAGCUUCACUCUCGUACAUUGAGGACCUGAGCUGGCCCGGUCUUGGAGGUGUGAGGUAUGAGCCCAGAACCACAGACCUGGAUGAAGACAAGAGACAACACAGUGUGGAGAAGAUCAACAGUGACUUGCUUAAGAAGCUGAUGGAGCUGGAUACUGACCUGUACUUCUCUGGUGGUCCUGAGUUUUGUGAGGAGAAAAAUGGCAUAUUUAUUGGAAUGGCAACAGAAGACCUGGAUGUGGCAGAGUUGGUGGAAACUAUAGUAUCUAUUGGAAAAGACAUUGAGGAAAGUGGAAAGUUGUUUGAGAACAUGACGGAGGUAGUGAGAAGAGGCAUCCAGGAAGCUGAGCUGCAGCUUCAGAAAGCAAAUGAAGAGAAACUUAUGGAGGAGGGCGUAUUUCGACAGAUCCCCCUGGUGGGCUCUGUGCUUAACUGGCUCUCCCCAGUUCAGGCCUCUGUCAAAGGAAGAACUUUCAACCUAGCUGAAGGUUGUCUGGACAGCACCGAGCCUGUGUAUUCUGUAAAAGCCCAGAUGAAUAAAGAAGCUUCCCUUGAUUCCCCCAAGUCCAUCACCAAACGGUUUCCAGGUCAAAAACUCUUCCGGCGGCAGGGAGCGGGCUCAGACUCUGUCAGUGAUACCAGCUCUGUCAACCAGCUCGAAGAAUCGUUCAGGGAAACGGCACACGUGCAGGCCAGUGAUGCGGAAGAGGCAGAGGUCCCUCAGGAGCGUCAUGUCCACAUAGUGGAGGAAACAGCUUUGUCAGACCAGCGUGUACCAGAGGGACAUGAGACAGAGAGUGUAGACACCCUUAGAUAAGACCACUCCUAAAUGGAUGUCCAGAGGUUGGCUUUGUCUUAUGGAGGAAUAUGCGUCCAUGACCUUGAUGCCUUGAGCAAACCACUCUUGAAAUUAAGAAAAGGAGCAGCUUUAAAUGCAAAUAACAAAACACUGGAAUUUCAUGGAAAUGAUGUCUGAAAAUGCGUCCCUUUUUCUUAGUUAUUACAUAAUCAAUUGCACAUUUUUUUAAGGUUUGGUUAAUCAUAUAAUAUUGGGUCUCCUCACAGUUCUUUAUGUGCACUGCAAGUAUAUCCUUCCAUAAUGGGUGACGUAGCCGUUACGUUUUGGUUUUGGACGCUUAUCUUUGUCGUCUAUAGGCUUGUCUGACAGGUUUUUCUGAUCCAUUUCCACACAUUAUUUACACAACAAAAGGGCUAUUGUGGCCUUACCGUCAUGUAUAUUAAUGUCAAAAUGUUUGCCAAAAGCUGGUCUUUCUUUAUGUACACUCCACAGGCAGAUGUAUAAGAAGGAAGUUUCAUGCAGCUGUUUCUAAUCAAACAAUAGCCUUAUUGCACUUUCAUGUACAGAAUAUCACACUUUAAUCAGAACAGCAGAAUAUUUAUUUAUUCUAUAAAUAAUUAUCUUGGAGGACAUUAGGCUAUUUAGAGAUAAGUAACAUUUGCUAUAUGUAAAAUAAGUUUAAUUCAAACAGAUAUCCAUCCAGCACUUUUGGCUUUACCAAUAGUUAAAUGAUUAUUAUACUGUUCUCACUGUGAAGAAUGUUUCGGAGAUGUCUCUUUGAGUAAUUGUUACAUUUUUGGAUGUGUAUGAAGGCUAAAUAUACUGUACUGACAUGAAGAUCCUUAUUUGUUGUUUACACCAAUGUUAAUUGUUUUAGCACACACACACACACACAAAGAGCUUUGCUACUGGGGAAAUUAUGUAGUUUCAUUUAACAUAUAAAUAUUGUGUGAAUUAUUCAUGAGAUGUAAACUCACUGCAGCUAGAAGUUAGAACACAUCCAUCCAUAUUUUUGGGGCAUAAAAUGCUCUUUUCCUAACUGUGCUUCCUUACCGAAUAACGUAAUUGUAGGUCUGCUCAUCUUUUUCAAAAUGAUUCUAUCUUAACUGGUGCAAUAAAUCAUUGGGAUUUUUUCUUUGGGGGAGAUAAGUGCUGACUUGAAAUAUUGUGUCAAAAGUAAGAAUAGAGUGGUUUUUAUAAUUACAAUUUUAUUUUACAAUGAACAGUUAUGUAAAUGACAAUAAAGAAAAUGGUAU